UUGAGGACGAAUAGCUACAAGAAGGAGGACGCGGCGUUGCAGCUGGAGAUGGAGAAGUUGGAACGGGCCCGGAACCUGCACAUCAGGGAACUGAAGAGAAUAGCCAACGAGGACCAGUCGAGGUUCAACGAUCAUCCGGUGUUGAACGAGAGGUACUUGCUGCUCAUGCUGUUGGGCAAAGGAGGCUUCUCCGAGGUCCACAAGGCGUUUGACUUGAAAGAGCAGCGAUACGUGGCUUGCAAGAUACACGAGCUCAACAAGGACUGGAAGGACGAGAAGAAGGCCAACUACAUCAAACAUGCCUUGAGGGAAUACAAUAUCCACAAGAGCCUGGAGCACCCGAGGAUCGUGCGAUUGUACGACGUGUUCGAGAUCGAUGCCAAAUCGUUUUGCACAGUGCUGGAGUACUGUGACGGCCACGACCUGGACUUCUACCUCAAGCAGCACAAGACGAUGGGCGAGCGGGAAGCCAGGUCAAUCAUUAUGCAAAUCGGCUCCGCUCUCAAGUAUCUGAACCAAAUCAAGCCGCCUGUGAUCCACUAUGAUUUGAAGCCUGAAGCCGGGAUGAGUCUCGUUUACGAAGCAGAGCUUAAAACAGGGAACCCUUCCGUGUUCCAGGUUCGAAGGGAGGCGAAAUCGGGACAAACGUUUAAAGUCAUCCACAUAUCGGAUACGCAUUACGACCCAGACUAUCAGGCCGGGUCGAAUGCCGUGUGCGGCCGGCCGUUGUGCUGCCGUUCCAGCAACGGCAGCCCCGUGAGGUCGAGUGAAGGUGCCGGAAAAUGGGGCGACUACAGGGAUUGCGACACGCCCAAAAUUUUGCUGGAAAAUUUGCUUUCGCACAUCGCCGCGAAUCACCAGGAUGCUUCGUAUGUCAUAUGGACAGGCGAUAUCCCCCCUCACAAUGUGUGGAGCAUCACGCGGGAAGAAGCGUUGCAGAAUUUAAGGGACACGGUCCAGAUAUUCGAGGAACACUUGUCGGCGUUCCAAAUCUACCCGGCCCUAGGGAAUCACGAGGCUGAACCCGUGAACAUGUGCGUAAGAAUUUGA